UUGAUGGAAGUCACCGCUUCCUAAGGCAGUCUGGGCCGGUAGCCUGCCGCCACACAGGCAUGUGUUUGUUGUGCCGGACAGGCUGAAGUUCAGAUGUGGACCACAAAAACUGCUUGACGCGUCUCGGACAACAACGUGAAGCCACAUCCGAGCGAAAUUAUGGAAAAGCAAGCCAGAUUACUGUCAUCGCAGCUUGUUCAGAAGCAGAGGCUGGUAGAAGUUCUUCUAAAUCGCAGUGUUUUGGCUUGGAAGGAAAUUGAGACGAGCAGAAAACGAGGCUCUGGCAUCAGCAACAUCUCUGAGACAGCAGGCAGCCAUGUGGUUCAGGUGUGUGAGAUCAUCGCUGUCCAGCAGACAGAAGAGGACAAAGUGAACACAGACACCAGGGGGAGGAAGAGCCGGAAAAAAGCACAGCAGCACUCCAAGCUGCAUCCCCAUGCAUUCACAGUUUCCUAUGUGAGGAGGACAAGGCAGCACCGCUGGCGGUGUUGUGAUAUCACCUUCCACUGCAGCAGUCAGGCGCUCUCUCAGCAGUGGAUCCAAGCCAUCAAUGAGCAGCUGUCAUUACUCAGCGACCGACCGAAGAGCUUGCUGGUGUACAUCAAUCCUUACGGGGGAAAGCGGCGUGGGAAGCGGAUUUAUGAGCAGAAGGUGGCCCCGCUGUUUCACCGUGCCUCCAUCUUGGCCGACGUGAUCGUUACGGAGCGUGCCAAUCAUGCCAGAGACCACUUGAAAACUGAGGCCAAUUUAGAGAAAUAUGACGGGGUGGUGUGUGUGGGUGGAGAUGGGAUGUUCAGUGAGAUCUUGCACGGGCUGGUCACCAGGACCCAGACUGACCACGGUGUGGACCAGAGCCAACCAGACGCAGACCUGGUGCCGUGCUCUCUGCGCAUAGGAAUCAUUCCUGCAGGGUCAACUGAUUGCGUCUGCUUUGCCUCAGUGGGUACGAAUGACCCGGUGACGUCUGCUUUACACAUCAUAGUGGGAGACUGCCAGCCGAUGGACGUAUGUUCAGUCCACAACAGCAACACUUUCCUCAGAUACUCCGUCUCGCUGCUUGGUUACGGUUUCUAUGGAGACGUGUUGACGGACAGCGAGAGGAAGAGGUGGAUGGGGCCCGCCAGAUACGACCUGUCAGGAGCGAAAACGUUUCUGACCCACAAGUACUAUGAAGGCACCGUGUCUUUUCUCCCCGCCGAGGACAACGUGGGAAACCCCAGGGACAAGCUACAGUGUCGCUCCGGGUGCUGCAUCUGCCAAUACAAGCCCCAGCUGGAUGAAAAGCCUUGUGAGAUGUCCAAGGAAAAGUCUGAUAAAGAUGGCAGCGGUAGGUGGUGUGUGAUCCGGGACAAGUUCAUCGCUAUCAACGCAGCCAGCAUGAGCUGCGCGUGUCCCCGCAGUCCUAAAGGCCUGUCGCCGUCUGCUCACCUGGCCGACGGCACCACUGACCUCAUCCUCGUCAGGAAGUGUUCCCGUCUGGACUUCUUCAGACACCUCCUGCGGCACACCAACAAAGACGACCAGUUUGACCACUCGUUUGUGGAGGUGCACCGGGUGCGCAAGUUCCGUUUCCACCCCAAGCAGCAAGAGGCGGUUUCACUGGAGGACCUGAGUGAAACCAAUAAGAAGAUGGCGUUCAGUCCCAUAUGCUCCACCCCGCCAGCCUGCAACUACAGCUCCACCCACAGCAGCUGGAACUGCGACGGGGAGAUCCUGCCUCACGCCGCCAUCCAAGUCAGCGUCCAGUGCCAGUUGAUCAGGCUGUUUGCCCGUGGUAUAGAGGAGCAGCAGCAGAGUGUGUGUGAGGAUCCCUAUACACUGGCUGCCCUGUAGCCGAUUCUGCACCAGCCGGCAGGACUGAGAAACCCGGACCGGCGCUCCUCCUCCUUUAGCUGCUGCAGACAAUCUGAGCCGAGCUGUACUGAGCUGAACGGUGCUAAGCUGACCUAUUUUUGACUGUGCUGGACUCUGAGCUUACCUAAACUGGACUGAAGUGAACUUUAAGUUACAUUAGGCACAAUGUUUUUACAUGCAUAUGUUAUUCUUAUUAUGAAUCAAGAAGUUGGGAUGCAAUGGAGAGGAGUAUCUCACUCCUCCCUAAUUGCUGCACCAUAGAUUCACCCUGUUUGCCCAGAUGAAAUUCUGGUGUGUGGUAUAGUCACUGGCAUGACAUGUUCUCUGCACACAGGAAGCAAUGAAUUGAAGUUUGAGAAAUAAAUCCAAAAGUUGCCUAAAACCGCAGCAAGAGAAUGCCCCAUUGACAGAAAGCUGGAUUCACUAAUAGCUAAACUUGCUGCAAAAAGGUUGUCUUCACCACCUCCACCUCCACUGGCCUCUAAGAAACGUAUAUCUGAUUAGUGCUCUUUACAUUUGGCUAGAGAAGUCUUCAGAAUUCAAAAAGUGAGCCCUCGGUGCCAUUCGGGGACGCUUAAGUGCAAAAUUGCUUAGUGCAGCUUUGAAUUUGAGCUUAACCAAUUUCAAACUUAAAUUUCAAGGCAGGACAAAAGGGCUCUGAAUUAAUUAGGAAACGUGGACUCGCGGAAAAUGAAGAUAAUGACGCCGAGAGGACCUUACACAGCUGGAGGAAACCGAAUCGGACUGAACCGGGCUGAGCUGGACUCGCCCACAACAGCUGGUGAAAGGCGUUGAUAUCGCCGUGAAGGACAGAGCGAAACAGGAUUGAGGCCCUCACAGCUCUGUCAAAAGACUUUAAAAAAAAAUGCCUGUAAAGAAGACCAGUGCUCUGAGAAGACUGUGAGUCUGAGGGCUGAAUAUUGCAGCGCAUUUCUGCAGGUGUAUCACAUAUCUCCGUUCAGUAACGUCUGGGGCAGGAGGGCGGGCGGGGCGGGUGCAUGAUAUCUGAUCUUCGCUGUUUGGAAACAAAAUGGAAAAACAUCUUAUCCGUGGCCCAGGUGAAAGCAGAUAUGAGCCGGUGGUGCAAAUGAAAAGAGCCGGAUACCUUGCUAAUAAACUAACAGGCCCCCGGUGGCUUCUUGGUAAUAAGGCAAAGUGGUUGCCAAGUGAUUUGGUCCCUGCAUGCGCUACUGCUGCUGCUGCUGCACACCUGUGGCUCCGAGCUGCGUUGGACUCGCACACGACGGCUGAGAAGUCAUUCAUCUGCAGGGGUUGGCGAAAACUGGAGUAGCACGGGACUGGGGUCAAACAUGUGGUAGGGCUGUGAAGCUAGCCACGUUAGCUUCUUUUAAUCGCAGGUCAAGCUGAUCUUGAUUUCACCGCGGGAAGGUCAUCGGAGACAAAAUGCAUCAGCUUUUAUUUGUUUGGGUGUUGCCGUUGCUGCUCUGCAUCAAUAAAACUGUAUUAAACUGCA